CGUAACUGGAGUGUGCGACUCCCUCGGCGACUGCAGUGUCUUCUGCUUCUUUCUCCACCCUCUCUCUCUCCCUCUCUCUCUCUACUUUUGCUGCAUCCUUCCUUCUCCCAGGAUGGCGGAGGCUGAACUGCACAAGGAAAGGCUGCAAGCGAUUGCAGAAAAAAGGAAAAGGCAGACAGAAAUAGAAGGAAAGAGACAACAGCUGGAGGACCAGAUACUUCAGCUGCAGCAUUUCAAGUCAAAAGCACUUCGUGAAAAAUGGUUGCUGCAAGGAAUUCCUGCCGGUUCUCCAGCAGAGGAAGAAGCCAGAAAGAGGCAGUCAGAAGAGGAUGAGCUGAAAGUGAAAAAGCUCGAAGGCAACAUCCAUAGGUUAGAACAAGAAAUAGGAAGGCUAGAAAGCGAAGAAUCUCAAAUAUCUGCCAAAGAGAGAAUCAUCUUAGAAAAGCUAAAGGAGACAGAAAAAUCCUUUGAGGACUUGCAAAAGAGCUUUUCACAUCAAGAUGGAGAUGCAGUAAAUUACAUUUACUCCCAGAUCCCUGAACUCACAACCCUCUAUUCACGAACAACAGAGCCAGUUCCUGGGAAAGACGGAACAAGCAGGGUAACUGACCCAAAGGAAUUUAAUGAGUGUUCAGAGGAUAUAAGCGAAAGCCCUGUGGUACAAGUGACAGGCACAGACAUGAAAUCUUCUAGACUCUAUGAGGAUGACAUCAGGUUGAGAAAAGAGAGAGACCGAUACUGUGCCAAUUUCCUGGAGCCUGCUAGUGUUCGUGCAACAAAGGAAGAGAAAAUGGAAAUUGAAGCCCUUGUCUCAGAACAUAAAAACAUCACAGUAGGAACUUCGACGCAUGCAGCAGACAAUCAAACUCACUUACUUUCCCCUGCUGCCAGUCACAAUGGACUUAAAGACAGACACGAAACCUUGGACAGUGAGGUUGCUAAAGAGAUCAGAUAUCUUGAUGAGGUGCUAGAAGCAAACUGUUGUGAUUCUGCUACCGAUAUCCCCUUUAAUGGGAUGACUUCUUCCUCCCCUGAGCCAACAGCAUCUAUUGUUGUGGAUGGCUCUGGUCCAUCUAUUCACAUCACUAAUGAUUCCACAGCACUCAAUGAAAGUGACAUCAUUGUAGUUGGUGGGCAAGCACCUCCAGUGGUUGAACAUGGUGAAAUAAGUGUGGUAUCUGGGAAGCUAAAACCAAAUGGCCAUUCCAUGGAUGUACUGCAAGGGGAACACUGUGAGAAUCUGAAAGUGCCAGUGAGUCCAUGCUCUUCCACAAGCUCAAGGUCUUCCAAAGAUGGAGAAAUACCAUUAGCCACCAUUAAGAAAGAAGCUAAGUUUGAGCUUAGAGCAUUUCAGGAAGACAAAAAGCCAUCCAAGCUCUUUGACGAGGAGGACCCAAGAGAGAAUUACAGAGUGCGUAAAGUGAGACCCUCUGAGGAAAUGAUUGAGCUGGAAAAAGAGAGGCGGGAGCUCAUCCGAAGCCAGGCUGUCAAGAAGAAUCCAGGCAUAGCAGCAAAAUGGUGGAACCCACCGCAGGAGAAAACACUGGAGGAGCAGCUAGAUGAGGAACAUUUGGAGUCUCACAAAAAAUAUAAAGAACGCAAAGAGAAGCAGCAGCAGCAACCAGCAACGCCUGUGAAACACGUCUCCUAUUCCUUUGACCCUCCUGAUCCAGCUAGCAUUAAAAAGGUUGACAUUGUCACAGAGCAAAUAGAUUUUUCAGCUGCACGGAAACAGUUUCAGUUAAUGGAAAAUUCAGGUCAACCGAACAACACAACUGCACCCAAGAGAUCAGGGAACCCCAAAAUGUUCACUAUCCAACCCUUCUACAAACCAAUAGGCCCAUCCCAAAUGGACCGGCGAUCGGUCUCAGUUACAAAACCUGUGUCUAUACAGGUUGGCAAUAAUGAUAUAACUAUUGUAAAAGCUGAGAAGGUCUCUUGCAUCUCAGAUGACAACAGUAUUCAGACCAUCUCUAGUGACCCAAUGCGAGUGUCUCCUUGCAGUGAAUCCGCUAAGCCUCGCCAGGCUGCAAAGAUAUGGUCAGAUGAUAGUGAAUUCACAAGUGUGAAGGCAGUCUUUACAUUGGUGAGGGAUGAUGAGCAGGGCUUAUUAGAUCAGUUCUCCAGGUCAGUCAAUGUGUCUUCCCCUCCAGAGGAACUGGACUCUGGUUUGGAUGAAUUGUCUGUGAGAUCUCAGGACACUACAGUUUUAGAAACACUUUCCAAUGACUUCAGCAUGGACAAUAUCAGUGACAGUGGUGCCUCCAACGAGACAAUGAAUGCCCUUCAAGAAAAUUCACUUACUGACUUCUCUUUGCCCCAGACCCCUCAAGCUGACACGCCUUCUGAAGGUCGGGGAGAGGGUGUUUCAAAGUCUCUUAGCGAUCAUGGCUUUUAUUCUCCUUCUUCACUUGACUGUAUGCUCAUUGAUGACCAGCUGGAAUACCAGGCUGGUCUGUUGGUUCAGAAUGCCAUUCAGCAAGCCAUAGCUGAGCAGGCUGACAAAGUAAGUUCCAAACAAGCAAAGGACACUACAGAGCAAAAGACCUGUCAGGUCAAGGAGCAGGAGAAGAUGGACAAGAUGCCCUCUUCUGAGAAACAGCACAAUUCAACGUUUCAGCCACCUCAGGUGUCAUCUCCUGUGCAAGAGAAACGGGAUACAGCACCAAAGAUGUCUGCAGUUCAAGACUCUGCACUCAGGGAAAGGCAGGUCCCGCUGCCCUCUGUCCUUGCGCACACACCCCAACCAAUCACUGUGGAGGAACCCAAGCCAGAAGUCAGCUAUUUCAGCAAGUAUUCAGAAGCAGCUGAGCUCAGGAGCACAGCUUCCAUUCUGGCUAUGCAAGAAGCAGAGGUGACAGUAGGGCCUUUCAGGCUAAGGUCAAAAAAGCAGAGGACUUUGUCCAUGAUAGAAGAAGAGAUCCGCGCAGCCCAAGAAAGGGAGGAAGAGCUGAAAAGACAAAGGCAGGGUAUACAGCUGACCCGGAGCCCUGUUGCAAGGAGUGCACCUCCGCUACCCACCAGAACUGUGACUUGCAGAACCGCACCAGGUAAAAUAGAGAAGAUCAAGCCACCUCCAUCCCCAACCGCUGAAGGCCCCCCCUCGCAUUCCGACUCCGCAUCAGAUGAAUCUGGAGGAUCCCAAAGGCCCAAGAACCUGAUGCAGACUCUUUUGGAAGAUUACGAAAGUCACAAAACCAAGAGGCGGGAGAGGAUGGAUGAGAGCAGCUACACCUGUAAAUUACUGUCUAACAAGGUUACUUCUGAGGUCCUUGAGGCUACUAGAGUCAACCGCAGGAAGAGUGCCCUAGCCCUGCGGUGGGAAGCUGGCAUUUAUGCUAACCGGGAAGAAAAUGAAUAGUUAUCUUGGCAAAAUGAAAGAGCUUCUUUUCUUUUCUUUUCCUUUAAUUGCAGAGACCAAGAAACCAAAUAAGAGAACAAAAUUUUAAAUUUUUAAAAAAGCAACAUCAUUUUAAUCUGAUAUUUAUUACAAAUGUACCAGUCUCUGCAGUGGUAUGUUCAAGCAAGAGUAAUUCCUAUAUAAUGUA